AUGCAGCACCUAUGCCUGGUGAAAAGGGAAGGGAACAGCAGGUUUUGGAAACUAAAGUUGGUCCUCAUCCGCCGGGCACUUAGCUUACUACUCUGGAUUAUAGAACUCACAUGCCAGAGAAGUAGUUAUAAUUAUCUGGCGGAUCCUGAGACGGGUCAUGGUCUCUUUUUAGUGCUCCAGUCUGCUGAUGUGACUCCCCUUGCCCUCGUACUUGACUCUGGCUAUGUCCUUGACGCGCUCCCUGCUGCUGCUGCUGCUGCUGCUGUUGAAUACCCUGUCGAUAGGAGCUUUGACUACUUUGCUGAACCUGUGAUGGCACAGGGUUGUCUCGUCCAGAGAAAGGGUUUGAAGCCAUCGAUGUAUUAUAUGUAG